CUCUUUUGUGGACCUAGUUUUUUCUUGUGCUAGCCAAUAGGAUAUCGGCAAUAACAUUAAAACUUAACAUUACUUAUGCCAGCUGGUUAGCAAGCAUAAUAGACAAACACAACUUUAACAUUUAUGCGACUAGUACAAGCCAUGUGAGAAGCUGUAUAUGAAGGUACCAGCAACUUGAUUGCUUGGAAAAGAAGCAAAAACUCGAAUGACACACUAUGUCCUCAUUUUCUAAUUGUCUCUAUGAGCUUUACGAGAAUUUUCUACCGACAUUCCUUGCAGCUUCUAGCGCAACAAACCUGAACUUUACGUUAAUUGAAAAAUUCUUUGACACGCAAUAAACUUAAUCGUUAAUUACAAAAUUACAUUGAGUACUUAAAGAAAACUAUAAAAAAUACCGUGUCUUUAUAAACAUUCUCUUUGAUAUAAUAAGACUGAGAGAUUUGUAAGAGCAUUCCUAGUCCACGUUCAGAAGUACGAGUUGAACUCGCUACGACUUUACGACUGAUCAAACAUUCAUUCCGCGAAUCCGUUAUAAACGACAUCUUCGGAAUGCGUCUUACAUAGCUGGCUUACGACCGCUAGAUAAAAUAUGCGGUGUAAUAAAGCCGUCGAUGGUUAAGCAACUGGGCUAUACAGUUUUGUGCUGCGGUCGGUAAGGAUAUCGUGGUGAGGGUUAGUUCUCAACUUUCGUAAAGAGUUCAACGCGCGCUUGCUAUCUGUGUCUACAAUAUAAUCUAAGGCGGGUAAAUAACUUGAUAUUGAUACAUUACACUAUAAAUAGUGUAAAUUAAUGUCCACUGUCCGCUUAUGAUGUGUGCGCAAGCAUUAGUAAGUCUGUGUCAUAAUGACAUCUUCGAAUUUGUAUCGUGAUUUGGCGGUUUAGGUGACUAUGUGUGAGUGAUGAAUUGUAAAAUAUUCGAUGAUAGAUAUUAUUUACGCUUCUUACUUAAAACUAUAUUGAAUACUCUACAAUCUUAGUGCUUAGCUCAAACUUUAUGGAAAGGGCAUAAAGCAAAAAAAAGAUUGUUACUAAGAAAAAACAAAUGGAUCAAAUAAAAAUUUUAUAUUUCAGUGCUAGAACGAUACAAAAUUUAAAUUCAGAACUACAAACAAACGUUCGUUAAGGCGCGCUUAAUAAGAGUACCUCGGGAUUCGAUAUUACUUGGUUGCCUAGUUACACGUUAGGCAACGGUAACGAUUAUAGUGCCACUCGAACCUGCAAGAUUAGUCACUGGCCGACUUAAACUAGACUCUAGGGAUGGCACGUGCAAAGCUUUAUUUAUCAUAUUAAUAUUACAGAUAAUACCAGCCUAUAGCCGCAAGGCAUUUUCCAUAAAAGUUUCAGUAUAAGUUUACGACUCCGACAUUUAUAGAAACCCUAAGGAUAAUCUUAAUUCAUUUUCAUAUCCACUUAAGAUUUGGAUUUAGUUUUUAUUGUGAACAUAAUUCUGUAAUAGGCUUUCUUAUAUCAGAACCGAGGGGAGCAGAAUAUUAAACUUAUAAAAAAUCCAACACAUCAGAGACUUUAAUUACCAAAACUAACCGAAAAUGGUGCAUGAUACGUCGAAAAGCUACAUUUCGUCCGUCCGUCAGUACAAUUUGUUCGUAUCUGUACUAGGUGAGCACAAUGCGUUAUUAAAAACUUUUGUUACGUGGUUUUUUUCUACGGCGUGUCGAGUGCGACGCAUACCUGCGUCCUUCUCGACGUUUACCUGUGCUCGUGAGAGGGCAGGCGUAGACCCUCGCGGGUUUAGACGCGGCCCACGAAAAGGUGCCGAGCCGCUGAACUUGCCGGUCGUGUUGUUGCUGUAUCGCUUAAUAAAAGUUUUAAGCAUUUUGUGAUAUUACGUGAACUUGUGUGAAGUUUUAAAUAUUUUGUGACUUUUCGCCGUCGUAAUUGUUCUCGCUUACGGUCACGCGCUAUGCUAGUGACACGGAUUUAACAAAAAUAAUUAAUAAUCAGACUUUAAUGUAAAUCAGUGUAAACGCGUAAAUAUCAAACGAUCAAUCAAAAUAUCAUAGAGCCAAAGUAUUUCCCGCCCAAACGCGAGCCUCCGUACCAGUUCUAUGGAGGCUUGAGUCUGUGGGUGCGCCCGCGCAACGCGAGGCUCCACAAACCGGGCGGGCCAGUACACGAUGGAAGUUAGUGCCGGCCGGUCGUGUGCGUAGCUCCGCGAGUGAUGUCGCAGCAUGGUCGCUGCGCGUGCCUUGUUGUGGUACCUUUGCCUCGUCGCAGUCGGGAGCGCGGCCGCCUCCCGCGGCCACGGACAUCGACAACACCACGUCCCCGCACGACACAAGCAUUCGGAAUUCGUUAAAGGAAAGAUAUGCAUCGGAACAAAUGGACGGAUGUCGGUGCCUUCAAAUCGAGACACCCACUACCGGAAUCUUCGUGAUAGAUUUACAAACUGCACAUACGUCGACGGAAACCUGGAACUGACAUGGCUAAAGAACGAAACUAUGGAUCUUUCUUUUCUGAAGUAUAUCAGAGAAGUGACUGGUUAUGUGCUCAUCUCACAUGUGAACGUGCGACAUAUAGUUUUACCACAACUGCAGAUUAUACGUGGCAGGACGUUAUUUAAACUUAAUGUACGAGAAGAAGAAUUUGCUCUUAUGGUCACCAUGUCGUCAGCCUUCACCCUGGAACUACCAGCGCUGCGUGAUGUACUCCGGGGAAGCGUCGGGAUCUACAACAAUUACAAUCUUUGUCACGUGAAAACUAUAAACUGGGAUGAAAUAAUAACUGGGGUUAAUGCGACGUAUGUUUACGUGUAUGACUUCGCAGCUGCAGAACGAGACUGUCCACGCUGUGAUCCGAGCUGUGAAGCCGGUUGCUGGGGCGAAGGCCCUGAGAAUUGCCAGAAAUUUUCAAAGACGAUAUGCAGUCCUCAAUGUGCACAAGGUCGGUGUUUCGGUCGCAAUCCAAGGGACUGCUGCAAUGCGUUCUGCGCUGGUGGUUGCACGGGACCUCUACCAAGUCAGUGCCUCGCUUGUCGAAAUUUUUACGAUGAAGGAACGUGCUCCCAGGAGUGCCCGUCAAUGCAGAAAUAUAACCCAACCACUUAUUCAUGGGAGCCGAAUCCUAACGGAAAGUAUGCAUACGGUGCAACUUGCGUUCGCAACUGUCCUGAACAUUUGUUGAAAGAUAACGGAGCUUGUGUGAGAAGUUGUCCUCCAAAUAAGACUGCCGUAAACGGAGAAUGUAUACCGUGUAAUGUAACCUGUCCUAAAACCUGUCAUGCAGAGAAACCAAUCCAUUCUGGGAAUAUUGACAGUUUCAAAGAUUGCACCAUUAUCGAUGGAUCAAUACAAAUUCUGGAAAUGACGUUCACCGGCUUUCAGCACGUGAAUCCAGACUACUCUUUUGGUGAACGCUAUGCAAAGAUGGAACCUCAUAAGUUAGAGGUGUUCAGUACGGUGCGGGAGGUGACCGGCUACUUGAACGUUCAGGCGCACCAUCCGAACUUCACCAGUCUCUCUUACUUCCGGAAUUUGGAAGUGAUAGGAGGACGCCAAGUGGUAGAAAACCUCUUCGCUUCCCUAUAUAUCGUCAAGACAUCGCUGAAAUCUUUAGGAUUGAAAUCUUUAAAACGGGUGAAUUCCGGAGCGAUAGCGAUAAUGGAGAACAAAUAUUUAUGCUUCGCAGACAAAAUUGCUUGGCAUAAACUGGUGAAGUCAAAGGAUCACAAGCAAAUCAUACAAAACAACGGCAACCCAAAGACAUGCGAAAAAGAGAACAUGGUGUGUGAUCCACAAUGCUCGGCGGACGGUUGCUGGGGUCCAGGACCGGAUCAAUGUCUCUCGUGUAAAAACUACAAGUUCGGCGAAGUGUGCCUCCAGAAUUGCAGUGUUUUCCCAGGGAUGUACAAAGACGGGCCGAAGAGCUGUGAGAAAUGUCAUCCAGAAUGCAAGGACGGGUGUGACGGCCCGACACGCGCUAACUGUACGAGCUGUAAACACGUGCAAGAUGGACCAUAUUGUGUCAGCAAAUGCCCUGAUAAACGGUACACUGCGGAUAACGCCACCUGCCAGCCAUGCCAUAAGAACUGCCUCACUGGAUGUACUGGACCUGAAAACACUGUCGGAGAAGGCGCUUGCAAUUCCUGCAGAAAAGCUAUCAUCAGCGUCGAAGCAACAGUUGAAAGCUGUCUUAGUGAAAACGAGCCUUGUCCCGAUGGAUAUUAUAACGAAUGGGUUGGCAACGUGAAACCCCUCGAAGGAAAAGUAAAAGUCGUUUGCCGAAAAUGCCAUCCCAGGUGCAAGAAAUGUGUAGGCUUUGGAAUACAUACCCAGGUUUGCCUGCAAUGUAACGGAUACAAAAGAGGCGACCAGUGCGAAGACGAAUGUCCCGCAGAUGACUACACAGACGAAGUGAACAAAACUUGCACACCCUGUCAUGCAGAAUGUAAAGGCUGUGUCGGUUCGUCCUCUACAGACUGCGUGAAAUGUAAAAAUCUGAAAAUAUAUCUAGGCAACCCUGAUGACCUUCAGAACCAUUCCUCAUUUAAUUGUACGGAUACUUGCCCAGCACAUAUGCCACACAAAAUAUACUUUGAUGAACAGUUGCAGAAUCCCAUCGAUGAGCCAUAUUGCUCAACCCAUACCAAUGGAAACCCCAACAUGGUAACUGCAAAAAUACCAACCGUUUUAGUCAUAAUUCUUGUCAUCGCUUUUAUAUUGCUAGUGAUACUUGGAAUAAUUGGGUACACUUGCAGACAGAAAGCCAAAGCUAACAAAGAAGCAGUCAAAAUGACAAUGGUUCUUACUGGUUGUGAAGACAAUGAGCCUUUACGCCCCACAAACGUGAAGCCAAACUUAGCCAAAUUGAGAAUUGUAAAGGAAGUUGAGUUACGCAGAGGAGGAAUGCUCGGCUUUGGCGCAUUUGGUAAAGUAUACAAAGGCGUCUGGGUGCCAGAAGGGGAAAAUGUAAAGAUACCGGUUGCCAUCAAGGUUCUGAAAGAUGGGACGGGAGCUAACACCAGUAAGGAGUUCUUGGAGGAAGCGUACAUAAUGGCUAGCGUAGAACAUCCUAACUUGCUCCAGUUAUUGGCUGUGUGUAUGACUAACCAGAUGAUGCUGAUCACGCAACUGAUGCCCUUAGGAUGUUUGCUUGACUACGUCAGAACCCACAAAGAAAAAAUAGGAUCCAAGGCUUUCUUGAAUUGGUGUACUCAAAUAGCACGUGGAAUGGCUUAUUUGGAAGAAAAACGGCUGGUGCAUAGAGACUUAGCAGCCAGAAAUGUUCUAGUUCAAACACCUAACUGUGUUAAAAUUACUGACUUUGGGUUGGCUAAAUUACUAGAAGUCAACACCGACGAAUACAAAGCUGCUGGUGGCAAGAUGCCAAUCAAAUGGUUGGCAUUGGAGUGCAUACAACACAGGAUUUUUACUCACAAAAGUGAUGUCUGGGCAUUUGGUGUUACCAUCUGGGAAUUGUUGAGCUAUGGGGCACGACCAUACGAGACAAUAUCUGCGCGGAAUGUUCCAGAGCUCAUUGAAAAUGGUCUCAAACUGCCGCAACCCAGCAUCUGUACUCUUGACAUCUACUGUAUUAUGGUAUCGUGCUGGAUGCUCGACGCUGACAGCAGACCGACAUUCAAGCAACUGGCUGAUACGUUCUCUGAGAUGGCUCGGGAUCCUGGCCGAUAUUUGGUCAUUCCUGGUGAUAAAUUUAUGCGAUUGCCAUCCUACUCAACGCAGGAUGAAAAGGAAAUGAUAAGGAACCUGUCAUCAGCGAUGGAGGGUCCAGAGUCACUAGUUGAAGCAGACGAAUAUCUGCAGCCGAAAUUCAAGUCUGGGCCGAGCACUAACACUACCAUCUCGGUCAUCGAGGUCCACCAGAACUCGAUGAAGCAGUGUCCUUCACCGUCGUGGCCGCCUGGAGUGCCUGACAGUGACUGCGGUACAAUGGACGGUGCUGGCAAGCCGGAAGCGUGGAAUCAUGAACUUCUAAGAUACAACCAUCAAGCAAGUCCUUGCAGCGAGUCAACAGACUUACGUCACUACUACAACAAUGGCGUCUAUGGCUCAGAAAGCUCGAGGUAUUGCAGUGACCCAAUGAAGGGACGACCAGACGUGGCUGAAACGAAUUUCGAUAACAUGUCGAAAACAAAGGAAGCGCAAGUUGGCAACUUAAAAUUGAACCUACCGCUGGACGAAGACGACUACUUGAUGCCUUCGCAACAACACACUCAAAACGCUUCCACUUACAUGGACUUAAUAGGUGAAGGCGGUGAGAAUCAAGAUGUGAAAGACUUACGAUUUUGUAGUUUUGUGGGAAAGAGGUGCGUUGAUAAUCCUGAGUAUUUAAUGUCUGAGGAGAGCGCUUUACCGCAAACGCUGGGCAUUCCAACGGAGCCGGUUCCGAUGGAGUCGCUGUGUAUGAGCGAGGGCAGCGGCAGCGAGUCGACGCCCAGGCCGAGCACCAGCAAGUACCUACCGCAGCGGUCGGUGGAGGAGGAGUCCAUGUCCGACCACGAGUACUACAACGACCUGCAGCGCGAGCUCCAGCCGCUUCGCCGGAACGAGACCACUGUGUGAAGCACCACAUCAA